CUGGGCGUGGAGCAGGAGGCGUCCUGCGGCUCGGAGGGCUGCGCCGUAUAUCCUGGUGGGGGGAUUCCGCCGCCAGAGGAGGCCGCGCUCCUCCGAAAGCCUUCCAGGGCGAGGGCGGAAGGGCCAGGGACUUCCCUGCGGUCGCACAGCCGGGCCAGACUGCCGGGUGUCCUGCGCUCGGCCGGGCGUACACUCCUCUGCCCCUUCUCCGCACACCUGUAGCCCUUUGUUCGUUCUGGAGGCACUGAGGCCCUGUCCAGAGCUGGGGCUGGGGAAUUCUAGGUACAUCCAGCACUCUGCCCGUACGGAGCCUCUGCCUCGAGAGCGGUUGGGCAAGAGGACACCGAGGUACGAAGCAGAGGGCCAAGACAGGGAGUUACGAGUUCGUCUGGCCUGCGACGCUGUGGCUUGGGGGCAGUGGUUUGUGGCAGUUGCAGCUACCUGGCUGAGCACUUUCCACGUGGUAGGCCCUCUGCGAGGGGAGGCGAGGCGCCUGGCACUCAAUUACUCCUCUAAUCCUCACACCAACCUUCAAAGGCUUGUCGUCUCUUUAAGUCUUAUUCUCGGGUUCUAACAUGAAAGCUCCCCAGAGGCAGGAUUGUUUACCUUAUCCCUUUCAUCCUUGCCUCCCUGAGCCCAGGAGGUACGCAGGUGGAGCUUCAAACGUGUUUUUUAAUUGGGAGGUGAGCUUUGCUGGCUGGGAGGUUUUCAACCAGGCUAGUUUGGCACCUGGGUCAAGAGAGUUGGAAAAUUUAUGGAGCCAACUGCCCCCUUUUGUUUGCUCUUCAGAUAGACGUUGACUGAAUACCUAAAAGGUACUAGAUUGUCUGCUCAAGGGAGGAAUAAGGAUCACGACUUGCUUUUGAUAGAAAGUAAGUCUAGGUACAUAAGCUCUGGAGUCAGGCAUGCCCAGGUUUGGGGAAGAAGUUAACAAUCCCUUACUGGUGCGCUUAGCCGGUUGGGUUCACUUUCCUCAUCUGUGCUACGGAAAUAAAAAUAGUACUUACCUCAGAGGAUUGUUGGGAUUGAGUUUCAAUAGACCACGCUGUUACCCCUGAUGGGCCGCGUGUUGAAAUCAGCUGGGUCCACCCCAGAAAUUUGAAGCAGUUAAUUGCAGAAUGAAACAACACGAAAGGAAUUGAUCCGCACGGUCAACGCCUUUCAUGUGGGCAUUGUAUCCCUUGAUGCAGAAAAGUUCCCCCUGAAAAAUGGCAGAAGCCGUUUUCCACGCCCCAAAAAGGAAAAGAAGAGUGUAUGAGAAUUAUGAGUCUCCAUGGCCGAUCCCUUUUGAUCAGGACCAAAGUCCUAGGAAAGAAUUCAGAAUAUUCCAUGCCGAAAUGAUUAACAACAAUGUGAUUGUGAAGAAUGCAGAGGACAUCGAACAGCUCUAUGGGAAAGGUUAUUUUGGAAAAGGUAUUCUUUCAAGAAGCCGUCCAAACUUCACAAUUUCAGAUCCUAAACUGGUUGCUAAAUGGAAAGAUACGAAGACAAACAUGCCUAUCAUCACAUCAGAGAAGUAUCAGCAUCGUGUAGAAUGGGCAGCAAAGCUCAUGUGUAGACAGGGGCAGAAUGAGAGUACCGUGCACAGAAUCCUUGAGGAUUACAUAAAACCACUUGAGUAUCCUCAUAUAAAUAGAAAUGAAGAGGUCCAAUUGCCUGAUGAGCUCAACUCUGAAAUGGUUUCCACCAUGGAAGGCACAGCAAGGAGAGAGAAACUUUCUGUGAUGAAUGGAGACUCUGGACAGUCAGAUGCUAUGGAGGAUCUGAGUAGGCCGUCAGGCUGCCCGCAGGAGGGUUCUGGGCGGGACCCGCCAACGACAGGCAGCUACCACAACCGCGUGGCAGACGAGGACGCACCUCCGCCCCAAGUCUGUUGCUGCAAACCAGAUGCUGUCAUCCUCCAGCGUGGGCCUCACCCUGAGCAUGGCGGCAAACACGCGUGUAUCCUCUGUGCGGGGGAGAGAGGGCCUGACCACGAGUAUGUGCUUGUGGAGGAAGUGGUGUGUGACAGGAACGAGAGUGAGGAUGCCCCAAAUGAGGAAUUGGUACAAAGAAAGAAACUAAUAUGCAGAAGAAAUCCAUAUAGGAUCUUUGAGUAUUUGCAACUCAGCCUAGAAGAGGCCUUCUUCCUGGUCUAUGCCUUGGGAUGUCUAAGUAUCUACUAUGAAAAGGAGCCUUUAACGAUAAUGAAGCUCUGGAAAGCUUUCUCUGUAGUUCAGCCCACAUUCAGGACGACCUACAUGGCUUACCACUACUUCCGAAGCAAAGGCUGGGUGCCCAAAGUGGGACUCAAGUACGGGACAGAUUUAUUGCUGUAUCGGAAAGGCCCUCCAUUUUACCACGCAAGCAUUUUUUCUGUGUUUUCCAGUUACUCUGUCAUUAUCGAGCUAGUUGAUGACAAUUUUGAAGGCUCUCUCCGCAGACCUUUCAGUUGGAAGUCACUGGCUGCCUUGAGCAGAGUUUCAGUUAAUGUCUCUAAGGAACUUAUGCUGUGCUAUUUGAUUAAACCGUCUACCAUGACUGACAAAGAAAUGGAGUCGCCAGAAUGUAUGAAAAGAAUUAAAGUUCAGGAGGUGAUUCUAAGUCGAUGGGUUUCUUCACGAGAGCGGAGUGACCAAGAUGAACUUUGAAAGUUUAACCUCAGAUUUCUAGUUUCACCAGCAACUACUGCAUCUCCUACAACAUGCCACAUUCAGGGCUAGGUAAAAAGUAGUUUUACCAUAAUCACCCAUUAACUUAAAAGUUUUAAAAGGCAUCUUGUUCCCAGCACCAGAAAACCGUCGAUGUUUUAAAAGAGAAAAUUGCAUAGAGGAGGAAAAAGAGCCCUGUGCUGUCCUUGACUUGGUCACUAGCUCUGACUGAUUCUGUGCUUCCUGCCUGUGGCCUCAGUCUGUGUCCUCAUCCAGUCACCAGGGAGGCUGGCCUAGGUGUGUCCCCAGAGGACUCUUCCAGCAGGAAAUUUACUCUCUGGUUUUACCUGAAAGUGGUAAUAGGUUACAUUUCUAUAGUAGAGUUUAUAAAGCACUUUCCUGCACAGGUAUCCCUUGUUACCCAUGUCUAACCUGUUCCCGAAAGAGUGUUCGCAGGUUUGGGGAUUGCAGGAUCCUACAUUCCAUUAUUUUAAAUGGAAAAAAUGAUUAUGUGUCUCAGCUUAUCCAAGAAAUUCAACCAAUAAUUCAAACAUUUAAAAAUCCCUACAGAACUCUUCAAACUGUGGUCACGAUUGACUCCCAAAAGGCUGAAAUUAGAUUUAGUUAUUCCACAAUGUAUAUGUACUUCAUAACAGCAUGUUGUACACAAUAAAUAUAAUUUCAUCUGUCAAUUUAAAAAAUCUCUUUAAUAUCUCUCAAGGAUUUCUGUAUCAUAGAAAGCCUUUAAACCACGAAUUGCCUAUUUAUGUAAUUCUCAGUGAACUCAUUGAUAGUCACAUUUGUGUUCAGAACACAAAAAUUUUGUACAAUAUUAGAUAAAAAUUAUAUCUUAUUUUAAUGAACUUGUUAUAAAAUAAAAAUAAGCAAUAAAAUGUUUGGAGACACAUAAUUAAAACAAUUAUUUGGCAAAAUAUAAUAGAGCCUUUUUAUAAGUGGUGAGGGAUGAAGAGUUGUCUGGGGGUGUUUGGUGGCAAGAGGGAGGAGAAGGGUAGAGGGUGUUGGUGCUCUUUGGUAGCAGGGAGAAAACAGCUAGAGUCAGCCAGGGAAGGUGUGGGGGAAACAGAUGUCUGAGAUUCAUCCAGUG